AUGGCGUGGCCUGACGAAAAGGAGGCGCUUCUCGCUACGAUUCGAAGGCAGGAGCAAAAAUCAACUGCGCUUGCUAAGCGCUUUAAGCUCUUACAGAGAACUUUGCAGGAACAGCAAAAGUUAUUGGAUAAAUAUCAGCACGCGCUUAGCACAUUUCAGGCAGCUCAACGAGCCGAUGCGCAUCUCGAAAGAAAAAAUGGCGACGGCAAACUCGGAAUAAAUAAUACAAGCAGCUGUAAGAAGCUUAGCUCCUCUACGUCUCCGUCUUGGAUACAGAAAAAGACUACCAACUCGUCAGAUCUAGGUCCAGUGAAGGAAAACGAAGCUGAAACUCAAGUGAAAAAACAGGUUCAAGAGAAGAACGAGAAGACUUCUUCGUUUAAAUUCCCGUCAAAGAGAGCAAAAAGUCAAUUGGCUGCUACAUGGGCUGAAGAAAAAGAAAAGAUGCUCAAGAAACACAAGUGGGAGCAGAGUUCGAAGUCAACAACUUCAAAUGCUGACAAAGAAAACUACGGAACCGAGACGAGAGAAGAAAUUUGCCGGCACAUGAUUGCAUUGAGUGCAAAAAGUAUUACGAUGCACUGGGGGGGCUUGACUCGACGGAUUCUAUGA